AUGCGCCAGCCGACACAUCUGCCAUUGUCAAGUCGCGAGGACUCGCAGGGAAGCCGCCUCUUUCCAACGGACCGCGUGGCAGCCUUCCUGGGGGGUGGGGAGGGCGGGGGCAUCUCCUUUGGUUUGCAUGUCCUGUUUCCAUCCGUCUCCCCCCCGUGCUUAAUUGGGCAGCACCUCAUCUCAAGUUUGGACCAGAAGACGUUGUCGAGAGCCGCUUCCAGGCAGAGACCGGCCGUGUCUCCCGCGAAGCAUCCUCUUCCCUCCCCGGCAGAGCGGUCGCCUCACCACCCACGGGCCACCCCCUGCGUGGUCUCCAGAAAAAGCAGACUUCUUAUUCCAUGUGGCCGAGUUUCCUUGUGCAAAGUGUGGGCGGAAUGCUCUGUUGCGGAAAGCAGAAGCCCCUCUGGCCUUCCCCACAUGCCAUGGAUUUCGGGUUCCCUGGGCCCUUGGCGGGUGCAGCUCACACAGGACAGGCUGGGAGGCAAGUGA